AUGUCUGUGAAAAUCUUCAUCGCCUUCACAAUUGUAUCGAUCAGUUCGAUGUUCCCAAACAAUGCAUUUAUGAAUGCACAUGAGUAUUUCUACUACAAACUACGUAAUGUUACUCACGAUGAGGAUCCGGUCAAUACUACAAGCAGUUGGUUUAUUAAAAGGCAAAUCCGCGAAGAUGCUCCAACAGAACUUCAAGCCAAUUUCGAGGCUUAUUUGACAGUAUAUGGAAGUAUCGCAUGUGUUUUAGGAUCGAUUUUAAAUGUUUUCGCCACAAAAAGUCUCUCGAACAGUACUCGAAUGAUAUGGGGACAUCUUCUCGUUGUCGUCGUUUUCAUUCCAACAAUUGUACUGACAUUGAUCAAUUUUGAUGAUGAUCAGUCGUUUUUCUUCAAUCUUUCAAUGGGACUCAUUUCGAUCGCUUGCUUUGGAUCACUUGGAAUGAUGGCUGGAGGAGUUCUCGGAUUAUCUGCACUUUUUCCAUCAAAAUACACUCAAGCAGUAAUGAUUGGUCAGUCAUGCGCCGGCGUCCUCGCUGCUCUGAUGAGUAUUCUAUGCCAAGCAGUGACUUCAAAUGUCAUUUUGAACGGACAAAUGUAUUUCGGAUUCAGUCUUCUCAUGUGUUUUAUCUCACUCGCAACAUAUUAUUAUCUGACGACAUUGACGCCUCCAAUUGAAUUAGAAACUGUCGAUGACAUGAACGGAUUAAUUGAUAAUCAAGAAGUACAAGGUUUCGAUGAUGUGAAUGAAGUUAGUAUUGAAGCUCAAGCAAGUCAUUUUCCGCCUAUUGAUUCCGAUGUUACUAGUGAAAAUAUUCUGGAAGACGGACCGAAGUGGGCAAUGUAUACUGACAUUAUCAAAAAGUCUUCCAUCGAUCUAACUACAAUUUCUGUCGUUCUGAUUGUGACAUUGGCUGCAUAUCCUGGAUUGACCAGUCUCGUUCAUUCUACUUCAAGAAAUCAUACAUGGAAUUCCUAUUUCUCCGCUGUCGCUUCAUUUCUUCUUUACAAUGUAGGAGAUUUGAUUGGAAGAUCUAGUGCAAAUUCGCUUCGUUUGCCUCGUAAAUACCUUCUAGUCAUUGCGUUCUUCCGUUUUCUGUUGAUUCCGAUGAUUGCAAUGUGUAAUGUAUCACCAAGAUCACAUACUCAUGCAAUGAUUCCAUACGACGGAGUUUUCGUUCUUCUUGUUAUUCUGCUCUCAAUUUCACAUGGUUUCUGCAUCACCAAUGCAACUAUCGGAGCUACUAUGUCAAUCGAAAAACAGAGUCGUGAAUUGGCUGGAAGUAUCAUCUCACUCAUUGGAGUUACUGCUGCUAUGAUGGGCGGAGUCCUUGGUGUUCUUAUCAUCAAAUUAGUCUGA